AUGGAAGGGGAAGGAGUAAGAAACUUCAAGGAACUUCGAGCCAAAUUUCAAAACAUGCUUGAUGCUCCAGUUCUUCCAGGACCUAUUAAGUUCCCAGCAGGCGUGCCUCAAAAGGAUGAUAUCACAAGCGCACAGUCAACCCAGGUUUUGGCCACUGGAAAGACCCUCUCGUCCAACCAGAAUCAGCCCUCACCAUAUUGUUCCAGUAAUGAACCCCAGCCUCUUACACCUCAGAAAAUGGAGUUGGCCCAGAACAGCAAAGUUCAGAAAUGUUCUAAUUCCCCAACACCUCUGAAAGGGUCUGCUGGGUCUGCCGUAAAUUCACAGAAGGCCUCUUUGCUGUCAGAAAUCCAUCAGUCAAAUGAUGAGGUAACUGAUAAGGAAAAAGUAAAGAUGACCUAUAACUUCAGAGACAAGCUUUGGAACUGGGAGAAGUUUUCAUCUCAGAAAAGUGAGACAUCACCAGCCAUCCUUCUUGCUAAUCGUGGAGGUAGAGCACUCCACCUGGAAGAGCAAAAAAGCAUGGGGCGUUUCCCAGAGAAGCCAAGGAAAAAGCUGGAAACAAAUGAAGCCCAGACCUUUCCUUCCCAGAGGCAUUUGAUGGCUCAAAAAAAAUCACUUGCCUCUUCUGAAGAUUCUUCUUUUCUGCUUUCACAACAUAACAGAAAGAGCCCAGAAAACUCUGGUCCCGAGAGGAAACCAGCACUGAGCACCUCCCCACCUAUCUAUGAGUGUGAGCUUGCCAGCCAGGUCACAGAAAAGCAGCAGGACAUCAGGCAUCACCAGCUUCCCAAAACGAAGCCAUUGCCUUCCGUGAAGUCCCUGGGUCCUCCGCCCCCAAAGCCUCCAAAGCCCCCAGUUGUGAACCUCCAGGCCUUCCAGAAGCAGGCAGCUGCUGUUCCUGAGAUGCAAAGGGAAGAAACUAUUGAACGAGGAUCUGUGAGUAGUAAAUGCAUGUUUUUUGCUGAAUUUGAAGAGCCACAUAAUUAUGAGGCAACGAUUUCAUAUCUGAGACUCUCUGGCAACUCCAUUAACCUGUGCACCGCAAAAGAAAUUGCUGAUUGUAAGUCUGCUAAGCCAAUUAAUAUCGUGACCCUGUGUGGAAUGAAACUCUCUAAGGCAGGGACCAACUGGCUCAGUUUGACAGAUGAGCAAACUGAGGCUCAAAGCAAUGAAGCCAUCUGUCUGAAAUCCCAUAGGCAUGCCUUGGAAGAGUCGUCACCAUCAAGAACUCAGACAAAUUCUGAAUCUGGUGGAGGUGUAAUGAAAACGCCAAGGAGGGCCAAGGAUAGGAUGCUGGGCAACAUCAACAUCCAUGUGGGAACUCCAGCUUCUGGCAAUAUAAUUGUAGAAACUCAGGGAAGCUAUACAUAUGGUUGGCCUGAUACUGACCCAGUCAUCUUAAAACAGACAAAUAGGAUUGAUGCCUGUUUAAUUCAUUUUUUCCAUUUAUUUCAUUUAGGAUUGAGUGGUGCACUGUCAUCUAAACACUCUAAGCUUCACUUUUUCCCUGGUAUCUUUCCAUGUUUCAGCCCUAAACAUGAAGGCGAAGAUAAAAAAAUGAAGGAGAAUGAACCAUGUCAACUGGAGUCUCAGAAAAUAGAAAAGAACCCACAUGUAAGCCAUCUUUUCAAGAUGGGUGCCUAUGAAGGGACACCUGGAAAACUCCAGAAAACUGAUGGCCACAAAGGGAAGAGGACCAUGCUGGCUGAGAAGCAGGACUGUGUGACUGGUGUCAUCCAGACAAAGGGCUGCCCCGAAGACACAAAGCUGGCCAGGCACACCCAAGGCCACUGCGGGUAUGUGGAGGCCUUGGAGGUGACUAAAGAAGCCCCUGAUCAAGGGGCAUUUAUGCCAAGUUCCACCGCAGAGGAGACAUAUGAUGAUGUCGAGUGCUCCGAGAGAGAGAGUUUAGAUGGAAAUGAAACACUUAAAAGACUGCGGCAAUUCUUCAAGAAAGAAAAGGAUAGAUUUAAAAUGAAGAAAGCCAAGCCAAAAGAAAAUGUAAGUGAAUUUUCCAUCUCGCUGCCUGAUUUAGAAUUUAGGUCUCAGGAAGUUAUAAUCUAUGACGACGUGGACAUUCCUGAAAGAAAGUCAAAAGAAGAAGAUAAACUGAAAACUUGGAAGACCAAGUUUUUGAUACCAAAGGAAAACAAAGGGAAAAAAUCUGCUGAAGAAUCAGAAAGUUUAUCUCCUAGAAAUUUCUUCAGAUUCAAGAAGCAAAACUUAGAAAAGAAAAUGGAUAAAGAAGAAAAACUUUUUAGAGAAAGAUUUGAGUAUGACAAAGAGAUUACUGUCAUCAACACAGCAGUGGCAUGUUCCAGUAAUUCAAGAAAGGGCAUAUUUGAUUUGCCAAUAACCCCUGGAGAAGAACUGGAAGUCAUUGAUAUUACUGAACAGAAUCUAGUGAUAUGUCGCAAUUCUGAAGGCAAAUGCAUCAAGGCUGGUCACCUUAAGAAGACCAACACCAAACGGUAUGGGCUUCACACGUAA